CAGGUUUGCUCAGGGCGUGGCAGCUGUGGAUAAAGGCUGCCCCAGCGUGGCAGCCCGCAUUUCUGCUUUCUCCCAGAACCACCUCUCAGCCUGUUGAGCUACUCGGUCAGGUCGGCAUUGCGACAUGCAAGAGAUGGCUCUGAGCUUCCUGUUCCUCCUAGGAGGCCUGCCUGCUCUGGAUGCCAAUGACCCUGAAGAUAAAGACAGCCCUUUCUACUAUGACUGGCACAGCCUCCGAGUGGGCGGCCUCAUCUGUGCAGGAAUUCUCUGUGCCCUGGGCAUCAUAGUCCUUCUGAGUGGGAAGUGCAAAUGCAAGUUCAGCCAGAAGCCCAGUCACCGUCCAGGAGAUGGGCCACCUCUCAUCACACCAGGCUCUGCUCACAACUGCUAA